CCAAGGUUGUCCUUGUUAAUGCAAUUCAUCUAACACAUCUGAAUGAACUAAAGAGUACACUAUUUAAUCAAAGGCAAGAUGCGAGACAGAAGCACGUCGAUUUGUUGUACUCUGAUCACAUUGGGAAAUUAAAAAUGAGACACACACACAGGCUGAAACCGGAUAUUCGCAGUGGAUAAUUAGGAUCGGCGCUGUGUGGUGGUACGUUUAUGCGCUUUGUGAAUGCGACGGCGCUGCUGCUGUCGAUAGCGUUGAAGAAGGGCGGGAUGUUAGGAUCGGAGAUAGAGUUCGGCAAUGUGUGGUGGUACGUUUACGCAGGCAUAUCCUGCUUCCUGGUGAUCUUCGCUGGGGUAAUGUCGGGCCUCACGCUCGGCCUCAUGUCGUUAGGCCUCGUCGAGCUCGAGAUCCUCCAGCGAAGCGGCACCCCCGCAGAGAAGAAACAGUCUGCUACGAUAUUCCCGGUGGUUAAGAAGCAGCAUCAGCUUCUUGUGACAUUGCUUUUAUGUAAUGCCGCUGCAAUGGAGGCCCUUCCUCUAUACCUAGAUAAGAUCUUCAAUCAAUAUGUUGCCAUUAUACUAUCAGUUACUUUUGUCUUGUUUUUUGGGGAGGUCAUCCCUCAAGCAAUAUGCACUAGAUAUGGGCUCGCCGUAGGUGCUAAUUGUGUCUGGCUUGUUCGUUUUCUGAUGAUUGUUUGCUACCCGAUUGCGUACCCAAUCGGCAAGGUUCUGGAUUGGGUUCUGGGGCAUAAUGAUGCGCUGUUUAGACGAGCUCAGCUGAAAGCUCUCGUUUCUAUCCACAGCCAGGAGGCUGGAAAAGGUGGUGAACUUACACAUGAUGAGACAACAAUUAUUAGUGGAGCACUAGAUUUGACAGAGAAGACUGCUGAGGAGGCCAUGACGCCAAUCGAGUCAACAUUUUCGCUGGAUGUUAACUCUAAGCUUGACUGGGAAGCAAUUGGUAAGGUUCUGGCUCGUGGUCAUAGCCGCGUUCCAGUCUACUCUGGGAAUUCAAGGAAUGUCAUUGGGCUUUUACUGGUAAAAAGCCUUCUCACUGUAAGAGCAGAGACGGAAACCCCUGUCAGUGCUGUUUCCAUUCGGAGAAUCCCUCGUGUUCCUGCGGAUAUGCCCCUCUACGACAUACUCAAUGAGUUUCAAAAGGGUAGUAGCCAUAUGGCCGCUGUUGUGAAGGCCAAAGGCCAAAGCAAAAGGCCUCCAUCAAUUUUGGAGAAGUCUGAGGGGAACGAACCCACAAACGGGGAUUCGGAUAUAACCACCCCAUUGCUAAAAAAGAAAGAAGAUAAGCCCGAUACUAUUGUUGUCGACAUUGAGAAGGUUUCAAAGCCGCCAUCCAAAGCUAACCUUGCGUAUAAUGAAGCAGUUCUUAAUGGGCUGGUUGCUCCAGAUGAGUCAGAAGAUGGUGAAGUCAUUGGCAUCAUCACUUUAGAAGAUGUUUUCGAAGAACUUCUACAGGAGGAAAUUGUUGAUGAGACAGAUGAGUAUGUUGAUGUCCAUAAGAGGAUACGCGUGGCAGCAGCUGCAGCUGCUUCGUCUGUAGCACGAACCCCUUCAAUCCGGAGGUUAACUGCCCAGAAAGGAGCUGGGUCAAAGCAAGGGCCGGCUCUGAAAAAAGUGGGGGAGGAGGACACCACUUCGGCGAAGCUUCUGAGUAGCCUUGGUGAGGCGAAGUGAUAAUAAGACGCCAUAAAUUUCACGCGUUGGAUAAGUCAUAACCAAUCUUGUGCAAUAGUGUUAAUUCUUUAUACGUUAGACCCCAAAUUCUGUAAUGUGCAAUUUAGAGUUAAUGCUUGUACAUUUCUAACUCAAGACAAGAAUAUGAUAUGCUUUGUUUUGUUUAUUUAGUAGAAAAGUUACAUCCUUAUUUUGUGUA